AUGAAAUACAGUCUUCUUCUUCUUGCCAGUGUGGCCUCCGCAGAAGGUGGCCAGUAUUUGUUCGCCAGACAUAAGAAAACUCAGGUUGUUGGUACCACCACGUUGCCUUCGACUGACCCUGAAUGUGCUGACACUCUGAUAGUUAUGGCCGAGCCAGUUCACCGUCGUUCGGAAGAUGGACCAGAGUUUAUUGGCGCUGGUGUUGCCGUCAGCAACGUUAGGAAAGUCGGAAAGGAUUUGUUCGAGUUGACCAUCAACUUUAAGACAGCAGAUGACGAGGAAUUAGCCAAGGUUAUUGGCAAUGAACAAGUCCGCAGUUUGGGCAUCACCGGCACCGGUGUUGAGGACAUCGAGUUGAUUGGAAGAGACAACAAGAUGGAAGGUGUUCCAUGGACCAAGUGGGCUGCCAAAGUGAAGGUAAGAGCUCUGAGAAUGCAACAGAAGAGACACUGGGACCACAAGCAUGGCCACACAGACAAAGAUGUCGUUUGCUGUCUUCCAGGCAACUUUAAGGUUAACGUCCACUUGGACGCUAAGGGAAAGGCUGCUCACGCUUAUUCUUCUGUAUUUGCCAGAGACUCUUACAGCUACGCUGUUGAGAGAGGUCUUGGUGAAGGAGCAACCGAGGUUGGUGAUGCUGAUACUUACAUCAAUGGUCUUUUGAAAAGGAAUAUUCCUUCCUCGUUUGCUAAGAGACUGGGUGUUUUCAACAGAGUCAGACACUUGAAGCCCCUGAUUCACAAUCAAUGUUGGGUAUGUGAGUGUGAAACUGAAACUACAACCACGUCUCUGAGUUCGAGUGAGGCUACAUCUAGUGAUGAUAUCACUACUGAGAGCACAAGUUCUUCAUCCGAGACCAAUCCAGGACCCGAAACUACGCCCGAGACCACUUCCGAAACACUGACUAGUGAGACUUCUGAGACUUCUGAGACUUCUGAGACUUCUGAGACUUCUGAGACUUCUGAGACUUCUGAGACUACCGAGACUACCGAGACUUCUGAGACUACCGAGACUUCUGAGACUUCUGAGACUACCGAGACUUCUGAGACUACCGAGACUUCUGAGACUACCGAGACUUCUGAGACUUCUGAGACUACCGAGACUUCUGAGACUACCAAGACUUCUGAGACUACCGAGACUUCUGAGACUUCUGAGACUAGCAACACUAGUGAGACUACUUCUGAGACUUCUGAGACUAGUAACACCAGUGAGACUUCUAAGACUAGUGAGACUAGUGAGACUUCUGAGCCACCAGCCGAAUCUUCUGAGCCACCAGCCGAAUCUUCUGAGCCACCAGCCGAAUCUUCUGAGCCACCAGCAGAGUCCUCCAUUCCACCAAGCGAGAGCACCACCGAUGAUAACUCAGAGCCAAACCCCAAGCCAACUGAUGACAAUUCAGAGCCAAACCCCAAGCCAACUGAUGACAACUCAGAGCCAAGCCCUAAGCCAACUGAUGAGAAGCCGAAGCCAACCCCUGAGCCAACCGAUGAAGAACCUAAGCCUAAACCAACUGACGAACCAGGUAAACCAGGAGAGCCAGGACAGCCCGGAGAGCCAGGCCAACCAGGAGAGCCAGGCCAACCAGGAGAGCCAGGACAACCAGGAGAGCCAGGACAACCAGGAGAGCCAGGACAACCAGGAGAGCCAGGACAACCAGGAGAGCCAGGACAACCAGGAGAGCCAGGACAGCCAGGAGAGCCAGGACAGCCAGGUAAUCCAGAACAGCCAGGUAAUCCAGAACAGCCAGGUAAUCCAGAACAGCCAGGUAAUCCAGAACAGCCAGGUAAGCCAGGACAACCAGGUAAGCCAGGACAACCAGGUAAUCCAGAGCAGCCUACUACCACGCUCUACACAACCGAGACGUACAAGCAUCCUCAACCAACCGGUAAUGGCCAACCACCUAAGGGUCCUGAAGGCAAGCCACCCAAGGGUCCAGAGGGCAAGCCAGAGGGGGAGCCAGAGGACAAACAUGAUACUUAUGUCCCAGGUCCUACCCAAAGUGCCUCGACUUCUGACCAAGGUAAACCAGCACCAAGCGUUUCUGAGUACACUGCCGGUGCCGCUGGUCUUACUGUUGCCCCAUUGGGUGCACUUAUUGCCGGUCUUCUUUUGCUCUAA